GGGCAGAGUGAUAACUUUUUACCUGACAGAAUUAAGCUGCAAAUAACAGAGGCAGAGUUUUCCAAACAUACAGUUGACCUUCAAAUGAAUGUCACAUUCAGUGAAGAUUUUGAUAAAGAUAUUGGAUUUGUCCUCUAUGAUAAUGAUCAGUUCUUCCAGUCAAAAAGCUUUCAACCUUCUUUGGAUACCAAGAGAAGAGUGAUAUCUGCUAAUCUUCAAGAAAAUUCUGGAAUUGAUCAGGUUCAGUUUGCAGUCACACCAUCGGCUGAUUCGACAAUGUCCCUCAACGACUUUGCCUGCGUGUUUUGGAGUUACAGUAAAAAGGACUGGAUCACUGAUGGUUGCACUAAAACUGAGAAUCACUCGGGAGAUGCAGUUUGCAGCUGUAAAAAACAAAAAAAUGCAAACUUUGCUAUUCUGAUGGCAUUUGAUAUCAACUAUCAAUAUUCUGAAGCCUUGGAUUGGAUCAGCAUCACCGGCUGUGUUCUGUCUGUUCUGGGACUGUCUUUAACAGCAUUGUACCAAAUCAAAACCAGGAAGUCAAGAGGAGGCAGCCCUACUCUGCUAGUGGUGAACAUCUGCUUGACUAUGAUGGUUUUCUACCUUCUCUUCAUCUUCGGCAUAAACAACCCUGUCAAACAUAUUGUCAACAUGAAUGUUACAAAUAUAUCUGGCGAGAAUAUAGUUCCUAAGUCUGAUCACCACAAGUACUCAGAUCAGGGACCUUGUACAGCAUUUACAGCUCUGCUUCAGUACUUCCUGCUGGCUACGUUCACUUGGAACACUCUGUACGGCAUUAAUUUGUUCCUGCUCUUAAGAAACUCACUGUCUGGAACACCUCCAUGGUUUCCAUUGGUCGCCAUGGCUGUUGGAUGGGGUUUGCCUGCUGUUAUUGUUGGUAUUUCAUUGGGUUCCACUUACCGUGUGGAGGAGCCUUUAGGUUAUCGACAAGAAGAGUUUUGCUGGCUGGCUUCACUGGACCACAAGCAAAAGUUUAGUAUAAAGAAACCUAUGCUUUGGGGAUUCUUGCUCCCUUUACUGCUCAUGCUGAUCUCAAGCUCACUAAUACUUUUGUACUUCUCUUACAAAAUCUGCAGAACCAACCCUAACUUAAACAAAUCACGUAAAAUUCCUCUGAAGAAGAACAUUUUGAGUAGUUUCUCUCUGGCAGUGAUGCUCGGUUUGUCUUGGGUCACAGGCUACAUUUUGAUGAUCCCCCAAGAAAAAAAUAUACAUGUUAUUCUCAGUGUGGUUUUCUGUAUCUUAAACACAACACAGGGUGUUCAGAUAUUUAUUUUAUUCGCAUUGAGGCCUUUUUUAAAAUCAAAUCCAGCUGUUCUUCACUCUCUGCGUGCACCAGAAAUAGGCUUGUACAAGAAAACUUUUUUUUUAUGGAAAAAUAAGACACCAGAAAGCAACGAUAGCUACAAAUCCACAGAUCUUGACUCUAUCUGAAAAGGCCAUCAAAGAUCAUUGGUGAGACUGUGGUCUUCUCCUCAACGGUGAUACAUCAUGCAGUGAAGCCUCAUUAAAUGAAUGAAGACUAAAUUAAUAUUUAGAUAGUUAGAUAUUUUAAGAAAUUGUCAUAAGGAGCUUCUUGGGCUUUGUUCACACUGAACACCAAUCUGAUUUGGUUUUAAUUUUCACUGUUUAGUAUUGAUUUUAGACAAAUUUCCUUACCUAAUGAAUGUCACAGAGUUCG